AUGUCGUAUAGUAACAAUCCAUCCGCAAAUCGUGUAGAACCUCUGGUUGCUAAAGACUCUUCUGAUGAUAAGUUUGUGUCGCCACCAUUACUUUUGGGCAUUGAGACGACUAGUCAUGUUCCAGAAGAAUGUUUGGAUGAUUUUGACAUAUCUAAGGUGUUUAUCUCAACUUCCAUUGUUGGCCGUAGGUAUCGUAGUGCGGAGGUGUUGGAUCCUGAAUCAAAGAUUUGCCUUUGUAGAGACCCUGAGAAUGUUAAAGAUCCAAAUGCUAUCAAGGUACUUUAUGUGGACUCUGAAUAUGAUAACGUUCUGGGUUAUAUACCGCGGGAGUUGGCCCAGCACCUGUCUCCUUUAAUGGACAAGUUCCACUUGAACUUUGAGGGUAGUAUCACUGCCAUGCCAAAGGAUUCCCGUGCUGCUGUUCCGAUUCAGAUAGCAUGCAAAAAUAUAGAAUUAUGUGAUCAAAUAUGUAGUGAGAAAAUUCAAGAUUUUAAGUCUUUGUGGAGAGAUGUUCUACAUGCUGUUGAUCUUGCGAAGACUAAUCCCUCCGGGAUGACCAGGUCAAUGAAUAAUCUGGUACUGCUUAUACAAGAAGUUUUAAAGAGCAAUCCACAUCUUUUCACGGACAGCGAGAAGUCUUUCUUAGAAUCUUUUGUGUCGCUUCCAGAUGAUAGUAAGAGGCUGUUUGCUCGGCUUUAUACACGCAAAGGGCCCUGGUUUCGGAUGUCUACUAUAUCAUACCCUCAGAUAGCUGAUUGCCACCUAGCAGCAAAGAAACUUUUAGAUGCGGGAUAUAUUUCUUCGCUCCAGAGAGAGAAUGAAUUAGAAGACAAUCACUUAGAGGAGGUCUUGAACCUGCUUAACGUUGAUGAGCUACGGGGAGCUUUGCGAGUUCUUAACAAGAAAUGCAGUCAGGGUAUCCGAAAGAAAGAGAUCAUUGAUUUACUUCUAUCUUUGGGCAAGUAUGGCUGCUGCCCUGAGCUUCAGAGUUCUGUUUUGAAAGUAACUGGUUCCUGUGUUAAAGUAUCUCCGUUGGCUGAAUCUCUAUUAUGGCGAGCUGAGAGGCUUUUCUUUCUUAAUGGAGAGCAAGACCUGUCAGCGUUUUUGCUUGUGGAUCUAGGCAUAGUGAAAUAUCCUGCUUACAGAUGCAUAGUCUCAGAGCCCAUCUUUGUAAAUAGGAGUGACUUGCUAUUAUAUGAAGAGGCUAUUGAGAUUUCACAAAUUAUGGUUGAAUUACUUGAUGAGAACAAGUCCGAGUUGAUUUUAAGAUGUAUAGAGAUUUCUGUUUCACGCAUGUCAAUUUCGUUUGAAGAGGACAAAUCGUCUGGCGGUGAAUCAACGGCCACCUUUCAAUCACACUUUUCAGCCUCGUGGGUCUACUCUAAGGUGGCCCUAUUGGGUGUUUCCUUUCUUGAGCGUGAGAAGAGGUACACUGAUGCCAUCAAUCUACUCAAACAGCUGCUGAACACUUUUAUAUCUGAUAGAAGAAGAGGAUAUUGGACUUUGAGGCUUUCUGUUGAUCUGGAACAUCUGGGGCUUAUUGAUGAUAGUCUGCAAGUUGCAGAAAAUGGCUUACUCGAUUCAUGGGUACGUGCUGGUGCAAGAAUUGCCCUCCAAAGGCGGGUACUGAGAUUAGGGAAACCUCCCAGGCGCUGGAAAACACCCAGCUAUUCCAAAUCCAUGAAGAGGAAGAUUUUUGAGGUUCAUGUUCAAGGAAGACCGCUGAACUGUAAAACAGGAAUGAAGAGCGUAUUUUAUGGUGAAGAUGGAGAACGAUGUGGGGUUGAACAGCUCGCAUUACAGUAUUAUGCUGGGGAAGGCGGUGGCUGGCAAGGUGUCCACACGGAGAGUGGCAUUUGGCUAACCAUUUUCGGUAUAUUAAUGUGGGAUGUGAUUUUUGCUGAGGUACCAAAUGUCUUCCAGAACAAAUUUCAGACUGCACCAUUAGAUCUUGAAACCGACGCCUUCUAUCAAACCCGAAAGAACCUAAUAGAAGCACAAUGCGAAAAAAUCCGAGACGGCAUGACGGAGGAAUUACUCAUCACAUCAUGGGAUUCGCAUGUCGGGACAUCCUGCCGAGGAGUCAACUGGGAGAAGCACUCGUUGACCGACCUUCGGGCGGCCGUGAAGUGCAUAGGUGGGGCCUGCCUCGCGUCCAUAUGCCGACACCUGGCGCAGGACUACCGGAGCUGGUCGAGUGGCAUGCCUGACUUGCUUCUCUGGCGGCUGCAUGACUGUUACAGUGGGGAGGCGAAGCUUGUGGAGGUGAAGGGCCCUAGGGACAGGCUCUCUGAACAGCAAAGCGCAUGGCUCUUGGUUCUAAUGGACUGUGGUUUUAGUGUCGAGCCGGCCGUCGGGCUCCUUGACGGCGGCAAACCAAUGGCUGCGCAACCUAUUCCCUGUGGUGCCGGUUUUUCGCUCUUUCGGGUCGGCGGGGUUGGUGACGAGCUGCGGGAGGUCUUCGCCGGUUCUCCUUGGCGCCUUUCCAGGUGGUGGUCGUCAAUUGCCGGGGUGGAGAGUGGCGGGCGCGCAAGCAAAUCGAAGUCGAUUAGGGAGUCAAUUCACGAACAGAGAAAGUUCGUAGACGUCCUCACAAAGGUUCUAUCCCAAUGUGAAGCGCACAGCGUGAACGCCCUUCGCCUUAAUAUGGAAUUCUUCAUCGCGCAUGAAUUUGAGGCGUGUCUCGAGCGCGCCUUUGCCUGCAAGAUGAAAACUCUCGAUCUUACUUUCCUGAUUGACUCUCAAUCUUUGCCCCCUUGCGUGCUCACCUCCGAAUCCCUAGUUGAUUUGAAGCUCAAUACUUUCGAUAUUAAGAUAAAGAAUGGCGACGUGUGUUUACCAGCCCUCAAGAGGCUUCGUCUUGAGUACGUUACUCUUUAUGGUUCCCUUGAAAACCUGAUUUCCGGUUGUCCGGUGCUUGAGGAGUUCGCUGUUCUUUCCUAUAUCUCUGUUGUCGUUGACGAAACUGUGGUAUGCCAGUGCAUAUCUUCUCCCUCUAUGAAGAGAUUGGUCCUCGGCUGUGAGUUACCUUUCAGGUUGAAGAUAGAUACUCCCGCACUUGAAUAUCUUAAUUUAUAUCAUAUUAAGGCCUAUAAUUUAUCGGUCGGGUUGAUGGACUCCUUGAUUGAAGCAUAUAUUGUUGGUCAUCUUGUCAAGCCACCUGUGAAUGAUAAUCCUUAUUCCCGUUCUCUGCUAGAAUUUGUUGGUAGGUUAUCUAGUGUAAAAAAAUUGAGCUUACGUGCUUGCCGUUGGGGGAAGGUUGCUGACUCUGACUCGACCCCUGUCAUAAAGUUCCACAAUUUAGCCAAACUCACCGUGGGUGGUGAUUGGCGUUCCAUCUCAUAUUUCCUGGAGAAGGCUAACACUCUUCAAGUCCUUAAUGUCGUAGAAGCUCAAGAACCUGAAUGUGAGACGGUACCCCUCCAGUUGUUGCCUCCUAAAUGCUUGCUGGCUAAUUCAGUCUUGAAGCUUCACAAUUUAACAAAACUCGAAUUGAGUGUCAAUGGGUGGUUUCUCUCAUAUUUCCUAGAGAAGGCUGAUAAACUUAAAGUCCUUAUUAUCUCUAGGGCGGCAGCAGCAGCUGCUGAAAUUCAUUUUGCUAAGCGACCUGAAAAUGCUGGAAAACUCGUUGUUGUCAUUUUCCCGAGCUUUGAUGAGCGGUACCUCUCUUCCGUGCUUUUCGAAUCUGUAAGAAAGUGGGCCGAGAGCAUGAUUUUUGAGCCGUGA